AUGAAGAAGAGACGGCAAGGGGCCAUCUCCCUGAGCUGGGGCAAGUACAGGCUUCUUGCAAGGCUGCUGCUGCCUUCCCAGCCACCUCCUGUAGCCGGGAGCCCCAACGUGCUGAGUUGGCGCUUCUCAAAGACGGCUGUAAAGGAGGAAGUUAAACGUUUCCUUAGGAGACUUGCCUAUAGGUGGAAGUACAACUCCAUUUGCUUGGAAAGCUUGAAGUAUUCCUUCAAGCAACUGAUGGAGGAGGUGACCAGCCAGGAGCCAUGGCUCACUGGCCUGAUCAAUCUGGGCAACACCUGCUACAUGAAUGCAGUUUUGCAGUGCCUCUGCAGUAUGCCACCACUAGUGGAAUAUUUUCUCUCAGGAAAGCACGAAGCAGCCCUGCACGAGGAUAACGAUUCUGUAGCUGCCUUUAGCUGGUUGAUAUCCAAUAUGUGGCUUGGAGAGCGUGAGUAUGUUACCCCGGAGGCUUUCCAUUCAGCCCUUGAGAAGCGGUACCCAACUUUUACCAAGGAGGCUCAGCAGGAUGCACAGGAGUUUCUGAUCUGUGUGCUGAAUGAGCUCCAUGAGGCUCUCAAGAACUCAAGCAAAAGAAAACAAGUACCUGAAGCACAACGAAGCACAAAUGAAACAUCAAUUAUCACAGAGUUAUUCGAGGGACAGCUCAGUUAUGCCAUCACAUGUCUGGAAUGCAGGACCACCAUUGGCAGACCCGAGAGCUUCACUGUACUGUCCCUGCCCAUUCCUUCUAAGAGCACCUGCUCUCUCCAGGACUGUCUCAAGUGCUUCUUUCAGCAAGACAAACUGACUUUGAACAACCAAAUCCACUGUUCCUUGUGUGGAACAAAACAAGAUGCUGUAGUUGAGACCACCAUAACUAAGGCACCGCGCAUUGUUAUUUUUCACCUGAAGAGGUUUGAAUGGCAAGGCGACAGUAGAAGGAAACUCUUAACUGACAUCAACUAUCCCCUCACCAAUCUGGAUCUCUCUCCCUACAGUGCCCCACACUGCUGUGUGGAUGCAGAGUACAGCUUGUGUGCUGUAGUGAACCACUCUGGUUUUCUGGACAAUGGCCACUACACAGCAUUCUGCAAGCGCGCAGCCACUGAAACCUGGUACAGGUUUGAUGAUGAACUGAUCACCAAGAUCCCACAUUCUUCAGUGCAGACUAAUACAGCUUAUGUCCUAUUCUACACCCAUCAAAGCCUUCUCUGCAUCCAUUAAACAUUUGAUAGCUGUGGAAAAGGAACACUGACUAGUCCAGCGGCUGGAAUUCAUUUGCAGCAUUAGC